AUGAGCGAAUGCUGCGACAAAUAUCUAUCGAGCACAAAAGGACAAGCGCUGAAAAGUGUCGGCGCAUUCUAUCCGCUACAGUCUUUGCAUUCAGACCGCCUCCAUUUGCAUGAGCUUCAUGCUCUUUCUGGGCUUGAAGAGUACAAUUCAAUAGCCGAUGAUACCAUGUUAUCUCAUCCACCAAUCAGCCAAAGACUUCAUCUGACAGGGACAUCUGUCAGAAACAGUCCAUCUUGUGAACCACAAGAAACACAAUAUGAGCUAUUCCGAAGCUCAAUGGAAUUUAUGAGAGAUGUUCUGAAGUGGGACAUAUACGAUCUAUUCUUUCCCGAAUCACAAUCGACAAGACCAGUCCACCGGAUCCCAACCUUUGAAAAAAGCAGGGCAUUAUAA